GAAGUUGAGUUAGUUGAAAUCUCGAUACAUUCCCACAGUAAUGUGGUAUGAAACUUUCGAGUGUUUUCGUCAAUAUCCUUUGCACGUUUGUCGUUUCUAAAGUUGGUUUUCUCAAGGCAACUGUGCGUAGAGCCGUAGACUGUCAAAUUCAGAGUCAAGUCAACCCUCCUUUAUUUUUGUUCAAAUUUCAUGAAUUGUGAUAUCCAAUUCCACAUCUAUUGCGAACUUUUAAAUUUUUUCUGAAAAAUUGAGACCAUCGAGGACUGUGUCACUGGAAGUUGUGAAGAUCUGACGAAAAAAAAACAUUUACUAGCAACCAAGCACACGUGGUGCCUUCUUGGUUCUUGGAUCUUGGUACUUGCCUACUUGAGUAUUUGACUAUUAGACAGUCUAAUUUAGACUAGUCUUCUUGCCGUGUGCACGUGUGUAAGGCAUUGGAAUUGGCAACGUCGAACUUGGAAAAUCAUCGUACGAAAAGUCUCAAAAGUCAAAACCACUUCGUUCAUUUGCGUUUAAAAUUCGGGCUGUCUUUUCGUAACUUCCUACUCCAAAGUUCAUUUAAUUAUAUUUUGUUCUUCAAGCUUUUAAAUUGGAACGUCUCCCCAUACUUCGUCUUGUUGUUAAUCAUGGAAGAUGAGCUUACUGAAGAGCAAAUUGUCGCACGUCAAAGGGUGAAUAAGGUUCUACAAAAGUUUGACAAAGUCGCUUUCAGACUUUCAUAUUUCUUUUAUGAAGGAGGUGGAAAUAAAAGAAGAAACAUAGCACCACAACUUUUUUCUGCUCUCAAGAAAUGUGAGCAACAUUGCAAUUAUAAUGUCUUCUUUGCAAUCUGGAAAUUUUUGGAAAAACACCAACUAUGUAGCAAAGAAUUUGAUUGGAAAAUGAUUUUAAAUUUUUUAGAAAAGGAUCGAAUAGGAAACCUAUCCUUGCUAUCAGAAGCAAUGAAAGUGAUGUUUCCUUUUCAAUCCCAGUAUCGUGAUGAAGUAUAUCUGGUCAAUACAGUCUUUCUUUUAAAGAAAGAAAUGUUUGAAAAAGCACAAGAAGAAGCAUCCAAGUUUACUGGUAAACAAAUAUCAAACCCCACAGGUUUUGAAGUUACUAAGGCUGCCUCUUCAGAUUUACUUAUGGGCUACAAGACCAUGUUAGAUUAUCAAUUUGUUGAGCCUGAUGACGAAGAAGCACUUGCUGUAAUGAGGGAGUCCUUUGAUCAGCUUCUUUCUAAUGACACCUGUGUGCCUCUGUUUGUGGAAACUUAUGUCUGCGUUCUGAUGCGGUUGAAACUACAAGAAGAAGCUGAAAUGUUUCUUCGGAAAUAUGUGGAGAAAGAGUCCCAGGGAACCGUAGCAAUCACACCUGCACUUCAUGCUUUAAAUAUAAUGAAAUUGCACAUGCCAAAAGCUAGUCUAGGGAUAAUCAUCUCUAUUCUUGAACUGGUUGCUGAAAGAAACUCGGGAGAUGCGAAGGUUUUGGAGCUCUGCCAACAUUAUUUGCACGUUCAUAAUUCGGGCGUUAAUGGUCAGUCUGACACUGAAUCUGAUUUUGAUUUCGGAUCGGAUUAUGGUGCCAUUUCCUUGGCCCACAAACGUGAAGGUCUCAGCAAGUGUCUUGAGCUUAUUGUUUACUUUUUGGACGUGCACAUCUUUAACGUACCUUCGACCGUCAUCCGAGAAGGAUGGAGCAUUAUGGCUGACAUCGUGAGACGGAUUUGUAUGCAAGGGACGGACGAUUGCCUGCGUUCUGUGGUAGAUCUUUGGCAUAAUGAUAGGAAAAGGUGGUGGCCAUGCUUCCGUCUUCCACGUUCCGGGCUUCCUUUGAAUUUACCACAUGGUGACGCAGAAUUUCUCUCCAACAAAGGAUUUGUCUGCUACGUUUUGGAAUCCCAUCAUCAUCCGUUUGUCGCCACCCUAAGGGAACAUCCAGAGUGCAAAUUACUGAAAUCCCUCAUUAAACAGCUAAGCCAUCACAAAGUCAUGUUUGAUUCCAGAAUUGAACCAAUUCUCAGAGCUAAUGGACCGAUCGCACCCGUACCAUUAAUAUCGUCACCCGACGUGCCUCGUGUUCCUAGCAUCCAAACUCAAAUGGUUCCAUCCCUUCCUACAUUUGAAGCUAUUGACACUGAGCAAAAAGCGAAGGAGUUUACAAAUUUCAUCUUGACCUCAGUACCUCUCAAAGAAAGGGGGGAGUACAAAACGUUAGCCAGAGUUAUGAAAGAUACUGCCGGUAUUUUGGAGCUUCCAAUUGAUGAUCUGUUGGCUAAACGAUAUGAGAAGAGAAGGAGGAUGACUGUUCAAUCGAGAUUUCUCCGGAUGACUCGCUCGUCAAGAAGUGCCGCACUGUCAGCUGGUGGUUCGGUCUGUUCUUUGGAUUCUUUGGAUUCCCGAGAUUCUUUUUUGGAUUUGUCGGAAAAUGAAACGGAUGACUCGGAUGCGGCCAGCAACAGGUCUUCGCCCAUCGAAACUGAAGACGACGAUACUUUCAAUUUUCCUGAGUUAAAUCCGAAUCUUUUGGCAAAAAUUGAAGCCGCGAAACAACGUUGGAGAGUAUUUUUUGAUUCCGGUCGGUGGAACCCGUUAUCCGAAGACGAAAUUUCAGAUCGUGUCUAUGAAGAUUUCCCUUCAGAUGACGAUUACGCUCCGUCGUCCUGUUCCGACGAUUCGGAUUUCAGUAGCAUUGAAAACCAAGCAGAUGAGAGUGAAACAGAUGGCCGAUCGGAAACAUACUUUGACUCUUCCCUUUAUCUUGCAUCAGAAGGCUAUUCCGAUGCGCCGAGUUCUCCAGCUUCCUCGUUUUCGAGUGUGUCUACCCCUUUGUUGCAGUUUUCAGGUGCGCCAACCCAACCGAAGGAAGUUAUUCGGAACGAAGAUCGUUAUCCUCUCAUGGAACUCGACAGUUUCAGCGUUCGCAGCAAUAGCUCAACAGAUGACAUUGCCGAGAAUAUCAAUCGAGUUAUAAAAAAGCUCGAUGUUGACGUGUAUUGCGCCAAUACUGCCAUGAAGCCCAGCAGUAUGGAACAAGAAGAAGAGGAGUAUGUGGUCGAAGAAGAAAUUGAAAUCCCUCAAGAAGCAUUAGUCAAAAGAACUAGCCAGAAUUACAGCGCAACAACUGGUAUUCAGCUAAACAGCUACGCGUGUGUAUUGGAAGAAAACACCGACCGUCCAGAGCUGUCUUUCGGUUCUAAUCUAAACAGAAGCUUUUCUCGGGAUUUCGAGGCUUCAAGUCCUGACAUGUUCGCUUCGUGCAGUGAAGGCGAAGAAGAAAAAAUCGACUCAGCUGUUCAUAAACGAAAACCACCCAGUCCGCAUUUUUCAGCUCCACUGCCAAUAGCUGGUUCUACGCCUAAACUAGUACACAAGGCAAAGAGCACUAACGAUUCCAAUUCUUCGCAAUUGGAAAGACUACAGCCCAAAAAAAAAUUCUGACUAAAACCAGAGAAAAGUCUGUGUCGGAUAGCUCUUCGUCGAGAAAUGGUAAAAGGGAUACUACGCAAAGUAGUAACCGCAAAUCUUCCAUUUUAGGCGGGUGGAAGGUUUUGGAGGAAAGUGCGCAAGAAGAAUCGCGAACAUUACAAAAUGUUUUGCCUUCAACUUCUAGUUCGAAGCGUUUGCCUACGCCAGGACCCGUCACACAUAGCAAAGCGUCACGUACCCAUUCUGACAUUACAAAUCCAGAAGUUGAAGCAAUGCCAGAAACUGUUAAUACUGUUCGCAAAAAGAAACGACAAAUUGGUAAUGCCAAAAAAGUGGAUUCAGUUUCUGCUCUCCAGAAAAUAUCUGUGAGUGAGACAAACCAUGUUGCUGAUGUUGAAACUACGGAAGUGCUCUUACCUUCUGCAAAGGAGCCUUCUAAGCCAAAGCCGAAAAAAUCUCGUAUCGAAUCGACAGCGAGGAAAUGUCACACUCGAGUAAGAGAUCCCAAUUUUAUAUCGGAAUCUGACAACGAAUCACGCGUUUCAGCUUCAAAAACCCUACCGCGUAAGAAAGCACCAGUCAAAAGCAAGGUUGCUGAUACUGUUUCUCUCGAAGAAAAUACAACGGCAAAGUGUUCCUCUGAAAAUUUUCCUGCAAAGAAAACACAAUCUACCGGCAAAAAAGUCAAAAACAAAGAAAUCGACAAAAACCAUUUCUAACGGAAAAAAAGAGCUACCCACUUCAAAUGAAUUGAAUUCCUCAGAUUCUGUAUCUGCUGAUGCACUUGUCGAAAAAAUCCUUGCUGAAUCUAGAAGUUUUACUUCUAUGGCGACGCCUGGUACAGAAAAGCCAAAGGCGAAAGUAACUCGACGCAAAUUGUCUACGGAUUCACGCCCGUCAAAAAAAGCAAAAAUUUCCGAAGAGCCAAUAGAUGUCGCACUUUCCGUCGAAGAAAUUAUGUUGAAAUAUCUUGGCGAUGACAGCACGGAGGGUAAAACGAAAGAUGUAACCUCUACGAAACGUUCAAAAUCCAAAGCUGGGUCAAAGCCUCUUGGCGAGUCAUCCGCGAUGGACAAGAAAUCAUCGCCAAAGAAGAACAUCAAGGUAAACAAAUCGAAGGAAAACAGAAGCAAAACAAAAUCGUCGGAAAACGGCGACAUUGAUGUACCUAAUCCGGAAGCUACCAUGAAGACCUCAGCAACAGCGAAAAAGAAGAGUGCAAAGAAAAUGACUUCGGUUGCUCAGGAGUCAUUUUCGGAAGAAUUCGAUCCACUGAGUUUCGUAGAAGAACUCCUGCAUGAGAGCCAUGGUGCUUCCCGGAAUUCCAUGCCACCUACCUCACCGCCCGAAGGGAAACCUGUAAAGCGACAGAAAGCAUCAGUUCAAGAACCUAAAUCUGUAGCUAAACGGCCAUCUAAACAACGGAAAGCUCUUUCAUAGAUGCUAAACUACGUUCGUUAAAUAUUUUUAUUUAGAAGUAACUUAAGAAAAAAACAAGAAGCUAAAAAACUCUAUAAAACAAAAUGAUAAUUUCCCGAAAACAAUAUCUGCUGAAAAACGGAAUAUUUGCUCAAAUCUGUGGUAAUCCGAGUGGAAUUCUGUGGCUGACUUCAAAAGAAAAGUAAUAGCACGGAUGUUAAUCCUCCCCAUUUCUGCUAUCUCCAUGUAUGCCUUGUGGUGUUCAAGUACAAUACAGAAGAACGGUGUGCCAUAGCAUUGGCGAUAUGAAGAA